AUCGCUUUAGAAUCAGGAUGUUCAUGUACAAACUGAGUCAUAAAUAACAUAGCAUCAAAAAAGUCAGGAGGAAUGAGGGCCCUACUUGCAAGAGAUUACAAUCUAUGAGGAGAUAGGAGUGACACAUAAGGUUCUGUACCCGGGUGAAGAUAUGAACAUUAUAUAUGUUACAGAGACAUAUGUGAGGGGUGAUGAGCAGAGUACAGAGGACAUUCCUACAGAUAACCACCCAGGUGACUGUAUUGGGAGCUCAGAGGAACAUGUGAUAUCUUCACAUUUUAAAGCAAAUAAUCAUGGUACAACAGCUGAUACAUAUGAAGAACAUGUCAUUAUCUCAGAAAUACCCUUCAUCCUCCACAGCAAAGAUUCAUCAUCUGAUACUUUCAAACAGGUCCGAUUUUCCAAUUCAUCACAGACUGUUAAGCAAAACAAAAGUCUCGGAAGAAGUGAACAACAAAGCACUCACUCAGGGGAGAAGCCAUUUUCAUGUUCACAAUGUGGGAAAUGUUUUAACCGGAAAUCAAAUCUUGUUCAACAUGAAAGAAUUCACACAGGGGAGAAGCCAUUUUCAUGUUCAGAAUGUGGAAAAUGUUUUACAGCCAGUACAAAUCUUCUGAGACAUAAGAGAAUUCACACUGGGUCAAAAUCAUUUUCAUGUUCAGAAUGUGGCAAAUUAUUUACCCAGAAAUCAGAUCUUAUUAAACAUAGGAGAAUUCACACAGGGGAGAAGCCAUUUUCAUGUUCACAAUGUGGGAAAUGUUUUAACCAGAAAUCUAUUCUUGUUGUACAUGAAAGAAUUCACACAGGGGAGAAGCCAUUUUCAUGUUCAAAAUGUGAAAAAUGUUUUAUAGAAAAAUCUGAUCUUCUUAGACAUGAGAGAAGUCACACUGGGUCAAAACCAUUUUCAUGUUCAGAAUGUGGAAAAUGUUUUACCCAGAAAUCAAUUCUUGUUAAACAUCAGAGAAUUCAUACAGGCGAGAAGCCAUUUUCAUGUUUUGAAUGUGGAAAAUGCUUUGCCCAGAAAUCAAUUCUUGUUACACAUAAAAGAACUCACACAGGGGAGAAGCCAUUUUCAUGUUCACAAUGUGGAAAAUGUUUUGCCCAGAAAUCAAUUCUUGUUAUACAUGAGAGAAUUCACACAGGAGAGAAGCCUUUUCCAUGUUUAGAAUGUGGAAAACGUUUUACAGAUAAAUCACAUCUUGUUACACAUCAUAAAAUUCACACAGGGGAGAAGCCAUUUCUAUGUUUAGAAUGUGGAAAACGCUUUAACUUGAAAUCAGAACUUGUUAGACAUCAGAGAAUUCACACAGGUGAGAAGCCAUAUUUAUGUUCAGAUUGUGGAAAAUGUUUUAAUAGGAAAUUAAAUCUCGUUAGACAUCAGAAAAUUCACACUCCCAGGUAGAAGCCAUUUUGAUAAAUCUUAUUUGGCAAGUGUUUUAACUAAAACUCAGCUCUAAUUGCACAUCCGAAAACUCACAGAAGGAAAAAAAAUAAUUAUGCCCACAAAGUUUCAUCCACAAAUUACACCUUAAGCAUAAAAAAGGGUUGGCCAUUUCAUAACCAAAAUUCCUACAAAACCAUAGACUGAAUGCUGAGGUGAAGUAAAUUCUUACUUCACCUCUGGUGCUGUCCCAGAAAGCCUUUGUCUUGACGUCCAUAGUGUAGAGCCUGGCCUCCCCAUCCAUAAUCAUAUGACUACAUUCUUGGCCAUGACCCCUGCCGCAUCCUCUUCUGUGUAGCCGCUGGCUGGACCCAUUCAACUAAUACCAGAUAAGCUUAAAGCAGGUGGCACAGCAGAGAUAGCCGUUACAUUGAUAGUUAACUUGCCAUGAAAAGGGCUCCACACUAUGAGAAGGAAGUCUGAUGCCUUCUUAGAUGGUGUCUGAGAUGAAGUACACGCAACUUUACAGUUUAUUGUGCCACAACAUUCCAUUUAUGGGUGUUUAGGAAUUGUUUAGGAAUUGUUUUGAAGUGGACAACCCCUUUAAAGCGGCUCUGUCAUCAGAUCACCCCUAUUAAACCAGGCACAUAGCCUGGUACGGGUGAUCCUGAAGCUUAAAGUAAUACAUUCCUCCUCAUUGUCUGCAUCACAGUUGUUGAUAAACUUUGUGGUAAAGGAACAGUGCUGGAAGGCAUUUAUGUCCCACUCAGGCACCUCAGCUGGGUGAGACAGCUAAAAUCCAGAGAGCGCAGUCGUCUCAGCAAAGCAUAGUUUGCUGAGACAGUUUUGUUUAUUAAUUCUGGGCUGGAUUUUAGUUGGAUUGGCAGAUAGGAAUGGAAGUGGGAUCUGCCAAUCCACACCCAUCCAAGACGGGUAUUCCCUUCUACCUGAGGUUAUCGCAGGUGAGGCCUGCUGUAAUCAGGCUGGCAUAAAGCACCUCCCAGUAUGUCAGUUUGGGGUAAAGAGUGUGAUCCUGGAACAGAGGCCUGCAAGUCUUUGUGUGGUCUCAGCUAGCAGGGCUAAAGGGCCACAAGGCUGUGUAGCAAAAUCUCUUCCCUGGGUGAAACAGUGCAUGGUGUAGUUAUAGCCUGGAGGCUGCUAGACUGUUUGGCUGAAGAACCGGUCCUGAUGUCACAUGUGAACUGAGUUCUGUAGGUGAGUCAGGAAUACCAUUUAGUAUUAGCAAGUGCCUAGAUGGGCAGGUGUUUAUUUUGUAUUGUGUAUGUUUGGGCCAGUGGAAAUAAACAUUUGGACUUUAAUCCUCGUGUCCGUAAAGAUAUCUGUGAUUGUGACCCCCUGAAAGACUGUGAUCCCUUACAACUUGUACAUAAAAGUGCAAGUUUAUCAACAACUGUGACGCCAACAAUGAGGAGGAAGGUAUUACUUUAAACUGGCAGGCAAUUUCAAGCACCAGGAGAUGGGGUUUUUCAGUACGAGCACCGCAAUGCGAUGCCUACUGAAAUCUAAACAGCUCCCUCCCCCUGAUUGGCAGCGCUAGACCAAGUCGAAGUCAUACUCUAGUGCUGUAAAUCAAGGAGAGAAUUUGCCAAGUUGUCUUAGGCUACUUUCACACUAGCGUUCGGCUGUCCGCUUGUGAGCUCCGUUUGAAGGGUCUCACAAGCGGACCCGAACGCUUCCGUCCAGCCC